GCGUCGGGGCUCCGUGCUGUCAGCAAACACACGCGCUCUGCCCGCCGUGGCCCCUGGUACGGCCGUGCCCGCAGGUGAGUGCUCCCAGAUGGUUUCCCACAGAAUUUUCAUUCCAUGUCGCUCACACUUGCCUCGGACCGAACACGCAUCGCUAUCCCGGCGUUUCUGAGAGUCCUAAUCGUAGGAGUCACAGUUUUACAGAUUUUGAAGAACGCUGCUGGUUUUUGCUUCCUGAAAUAAAGCUCCACGGGGUAGAGUUGCAUGGUGCGUGCUCAGCCACAGAGUGGGCAUGUGACCUUGGGAAAAAUCAAUUUAUAUCCGUCCCUGUUUCACAACCACUGCCCCAGAUACAUGCGUGUCAAAGCCUUUACCAAGUGCUCUGAAACGGUCAGAAAGAAAUUACUCUUAUUUUACAUGAAACUUGAAGGCUUAUAGGCUAAUACAGACUUCAUUCACCUUGUUCAGCAUAUUCCUAUACUUCUCAGCUCCUUUCUCAGUGCAGUGCUGUGUAGCCAUGGCUGAGAACAUGUCAGCCUGGAAAACAGUGGCAAGGCUGACACAUUGCUCUAUGGUGAGAAGCCCAGUCUCUGCUACUGUGGCUGCUGAGGAGAAGAGCUUUGAAAUUUUUGCACACAUGCUGUUUCUUGCCAUUCUUUCUAGGCUCUGAUCUUUUAUAGUAGCUUCCAGCCAGGGAAGCUCUGGAAAAAUACUUAAAAUGCAACUCCCUCUCUUUUCAGGUGAAGUGGAGAAGUCCUUCUAUUGCCUCCUCUACUCUGCAGUUUCCAGAUUGCUAUUAAUGAAAAAGAGCUGAUUUUUCAGUUCCUUUCAAUCUCCGUUUUAUUUCUGGGCAGUUCUGGCAUGUAUCCGAUCUACAUUUAGAUCCGACUUAUCACAUUACCCCUGAUCGCACCAAAGUUUGUUCUUCUUCCAAAGGAGCCAAUGCCUCCAACCCAGGCCCAUUUGGAGAUUUUUUGUGUGAUUCUCCUUAUCAACUUAUCUUGUCAGCAUUUACAUUCAUGAAGGAUUCAAAAGAGCAGGUUUCAUUCAUGAUUUGGACAGGAGAUAGCCCUCCUCAUGUUCCUGUAAAAGAGCUCUCCACAAAGUUGGUCAUUAGCAUCAUUGGCAAUAUGAGUUCUACAAUUCGUAAUUUCUUUCCAGAUCUUCAGGUUUUCCCGGCCUUGGGCAAUCAUGACUACUGGCCACAGGAUCAGCUUCCUGUAACUACCAGUGAAGUUUACAAUGCUGUUGCCGAUUUCUGGAAACCUUGGCUAAAUGAUGAAGCAAUCAAUACCUUCAGAAAAGGUGGCUUCUACACACAGCUGUUUGAAUCCGGUGAUAGUUCUCAACCGCUCAGGAUAAUCAGUCUGAACACAAAUUUAUAUUACAGCCCCAACAGCCUAACUGUGAAUAUCACUGACCCAGCCAACCAGUUUGCCUGGCUGGAGGCAAUACUUGAAACCUCUUCACAAAACAAGGAAAAGGUAUAUAUAAUAGGUCAUGUACCAGUAGGAUACUUGCCAUAUGCAAGGAAUACUACAGCUAUAAGGGAGUAUUACAAUGAGAGACUGGUAAAGAUUUUUCGCAAAUACAGUAGUGUUAUUGCGGGCCAGUUUUUUGGACAUACACAUAGAGAUAGUAUCAUGGUCCUCCUGGAUGAAGAAGAAAAGCCAGUCAAUUCCUUGUUUGUGGCACCUGCUGUAACCCCAGUGAAGAAUGUAUGGCAAAUGGAGUCCAAUAACCCUGGUGUCAGAUUGUAUCAGUAUGAUAUCCUUGAUUAUACUUUGCUGGAUCUUUGGCAGUUUUACUUGGACCUCAGAGAUGCCAAUGAGAAAAAUGAAUCCAACUGGAAAUUAGAAUACAUCCUGACUAAAACUUAUGGCAUUGAAGACUUGAAGCCAGAAAGCCUAUAUGAAAUGGCCAAACAGUUGUCUAUGCCACACAGCACACUCUUUAAGCAGUAUUACAGUAACUUCAUUGUGAGUUAUGACAAAACCAUUGUCUGUGAAGAGGGGUGCAAGACCUGCCAAAUAUGUGCAAUCCAAUAUUUAGAUCACUCCUCAUACACAGAGUGUAUCCAGCGGGAGGCAACGUGAAGAUGAAAUCUCUGUGCAGUUAAUGCAAAUAGCGACUUUGCCUGUGAUUUAAAGAACCUGUUUGUUCUUUCACUCAAGCACUGACGUACGGACAGGGAACCUGGGGAACUUCUCUGAAUUUCAGGGGAGCAGUAAAUCUCCCUAGAUUGUUCUUCUUGCAAACAUGUUGUCCUUUAUCAUCUAAAUAAAAGCUUAUUGACUAUGUAAUAGUGGCCAAAUA